UUCCACUUCUAUUUAUAGCCUAGAGGAAAUGAGGCUGUUCCUACUUGAACACGCUCGUAUAAGCCCCUCCUCUCAGGUGUGUGUCCUGAAAAGAGAGGCUUAUUUGGAUGCUCUGCCUCCAGGUACUGUUUGUAUAUGAGUGUGUGUGUGUGUCGGGGUGAGUGACUGAAACACAGUAACACUCAGAGGAGGUGUGUACUUAAACACACCUGAAGGGGGCGGGGCUACCUGACACAGGACAUCUGAAGCAGGAAGUAGGAUAGUAUUGUUUGAGGAACUGCUGGAGUGGAAAGACUGAGUACUUAGGUGCGGUGAGUGAGGAGAGAAUAGAGAGAGUUAAGGGAUUUUUUUUUGUUUUGUUUAAGCAGCAAAAAGAAGAAAAACACAUAAACAGAAAAGAAAGGUCCAGAGAAGUUUAAAAAGAAGCAAAAGUAAAAGGUUGAAAUCCACAGUAUAAGGAGUCUGGAUUUCCUUUCUUGACACUAUUUCUUCUCAGUGGUUGUAAAGUGGACAUAGUGAGGUCAUCAUUGCGCGCCUAUGCCGUGGUUGUGUAAACCCAGCGGGUGCUGCAUGGCACCCCUGUUAUUCCACCAUGAGGGAGAAGGGCAGGGGGACGAUGGGCAGCUCAGCCACGACGACCAACUGGAAUCCAUGUACAGUGAGAAAUUGCAGGAGAGUCGUCUGGUGAAGGAGAAAAGUGUUAAGGAGGGAAUCCUGCUCAAACAGACGAGCUCCUUCCAGAGAUGGAAGAGGAGAUACUUCAAACUCAGAGGGAGGACCCUUUACUAUGCCAAAGACUGCAAGUCUCUGAUUUUUGAUGAGGUGGACCUGUCAGAUGCCAGUGUGGCUGAAACCAGCACCAAGAACAUCAACAACAGCUUCACGGUAAUCACUCCAUUUCGUAAACUAAUGCUGUGUGCUGAGAGCAGAAAGGAAAUGGAAGACUGGAUCACAGCCCUGAAAUCUGUGCAGAAAUGGGAAACUUAUGAGGCCAGUCAGUUCAACAUGGAACACUUCUCUGGGAUGCACAACUGGUACGCCUGCUCACAUGCCAGACCCACCUUCUGCAACGUCUGUAGAGAAGCUCUGCCUGGUGUCACUUCCCAUGGCCUGUCCUGUGAAGUCUGUAAGUUCAAGGCACAUAAACGCUGUGCGGUUCGCUCUACUAACAACUGUAAAUGGACCACGCUGGCCUCCAUAGGAAAUGACAUCAUAGAGGACGAGGAGGGGGUUUCCAUGCCCCACCAGUGGCUGGAAGGCAACCUGCCAGUCAGUGCAAAGUGUGUGGUGUGUGACAAGAACUGUGGCAGUGUGCGGCGGCUGCAGGACUGGCGCUGCCUCUGGUGCAAAGCCAUCGUCCACAACAGCUGUAAAGAACAAAUGGGGAAGGUGUGUCCCUUGGGUCAAUGUCGUGUGUCCAUCAUCCCUCCGACUGCACUCAACAGUAUCGACUCCGAUGGCUUCUGGAAGGCCACCUCAGCAUCCUGCUCAAGUCCUCUCCUGGUCCUGGUCAACUCUAAGAGUGGAGACAACCAGGGGGUCAAGUUCCUGCGCAAGUUCAAGCAGCUCCUCAACCCGGCUCAGGUGUUUGACCUGAUGAAUGGUGGACCGGAGCUCGGUCUGCGCCUUUUCCAGAAGUUUGUGACGUUCCGGAUCCUGGUGUGCGGAGGAGAUGGCAGCGUGGGCUGGGUGCUCUCAGAGCUGGAUAAACUCAGCCUACAUAAACAGUGUCAGCUCGGCGUGCUGCCUCUUGGCACUGGAAACGACCUGGCUCGUGUUCUGGGAUGGGGAGGCCUCUGCGACGACGACGCUCAACUCCUGCAGAUCCUGGAGAAGCUGGAGAGAGCCACCACCAAGAUGCUGGACCGUUGGAGCGUGAUGACAUACGAGGUGCCCACCACCAAUAAACCCACACCCAUAGUGAAGGAAGAAGACAGCCUUGAUUCCCCCCUGCAGGUCCACAUCACUCAGUAUGCAGACUCCGUGGCCUCCCACCUCGCUAAGAUCCUGGACUCGGACAAACACAGUGAUGUCAUUUCCUCUGCCAAGUUUCUGUGUGGGACGGUGAACGAUUUUGUGGCGGAGGUGGGGAAGGCAUACGAGAGAGCCACAGAGAACAAAGAGGAGGCAGAUGCCAUGGCAAAGAAGUGUGCUCUGCUCAACGAAAAGCUCGAUUCCCUCGUCAAAGCCUUAAGCGAGGAAGCUGAGGCCCAGGUGGUCCCAGCAGGUUCGGUGCCGAGUCAGGAGGGCGGCUCGAGCCCAGGUGAAAGUGGCGGUGAGUCGGGGUCAGAGGGUAAAACAUACCGGUCCAAGGAGCAGCUGAUGCUGAGAGCAAACAGCCUGAAGAAAGCUCUGAGGCAGAUCAUCGAACAGGCUGAGAAAGUGGUGGACGAGCAGAACCGACACACGCAGGUUCAGAGGAUGUCGUCUUCAUCCUCCAUCAAAAGGGAAAACAGUGAAGAGCUGAAGGAUGCUGAGCCGCGUCAGGGAGGCCUAAGUCCCACCUCACCCAUCGUCCUGGAGAAACCAGAGAGUCUCAACACCGUCACCUACAAUGAGGAAUCUGUACAAUGUUCUGAGAAAUGUGUGAUGAACAACUACUUUGGCAUCGGCCUCGAUGCAAAGAUCUCUCUGGAGUUCAACAACAAGAGAGAUGAGCACCCUAAAAAAUGCAGCAGUCGCACCAAGAACAUGAUGUGGUACGGAGUUCUGGGAACCAAAGAACUGGUCCAGAAAACGUACAAGAACCUGGAGCAGAGAGUUCAGCUGGAGUGUGACGGGGUUCCCAUGUCUCUGCCCAGUCUUCAGGGUCUGGCUGUCCUCAACAUCCCCAGUUAUGCAGGUGGGAUCAACUUCUGGGGAGGCACCAAGGAAGACAACAACUUUGGUGCUCCAUCGUUUGAUGAUAAGAAGUUGGAGGUGGUGGCAGUGUUUGGAAGUAUGCAGAUGGCCAUGUCCAGAGUCAUCAACCUACAGCACCACCGCAUUGCACAGUGCCGUCAGGUGAAGAUCACCAUCCUUGGAGAGGAGGGGGUUCCUGUCCAGGUGGACGGAGAGGCCUGGAUUCAGCCGCCCGGUAUCGUCAAGAUCGUCCACAAAAACCGAGCACAGAUGCUGACCAGAGACAGAGCGUUUGAGAGCACGCUAAAGUCAUGGGAGGACAAGAGGAAAAUCGACAGCUACCGCGCCACCCGGCCCCGCCUUAACUCCCAGCAGUCCAUGGAGUAUCUGACGGAGGAGGAGUGCGCUCAGGUUCAGCAGCUGGGCAUCGUGGCCGACACACUCAUCAACAAGAUCCGGGAGGCAGCCAAGACCCACAAGCUGGUGGAGCAGGAGUUGGCCCACGCCGUCAACGCCACCGCCCUGGUGCUCACCGAGGCCAAACUGUCCAGCCCCGAGUGCCUGAGUCGCAGCACAGCGGUGGAGAUCGUCAACAGCAGUAAAGUCCUCCAGGCUGAAACCAGGAUGCUGCUCGACGGAAAACUACUGUCGGAGUGUCCAGAGGAAGAGGAGCUCCGGUCGACGCUGAACAGCCUCAGCGCUGAGCUCCACAAGCUGGACGACAUCCACUGGAUCUGUCCGCUCAUGCAGUGCUCAGAGGAGGACUCGGUGCGGAGCAGCAGUAAGAGCAGCAGCAGCAGCAGUAUAAAGCUAAAGAUCAUACCUAAGGUGAAGAAGGAGAGGGAGAAGCUGCACAAGCAGAAGUCCAACAGCUCUCUCUCAGGAACUUGGGACAUCAAAGCUGGAGCCAGUGAGGCCGAUUUCUCAGGCAAUUGAAGACUUACAGUGAGGUGCAUUAAAACCAACACCCAGGGGUGACGAGCACCCAUCCUGUCAUCCUCCCUUCUAAUCGCGAUGCCCAGUGGCCUGACGGAGGUUUUGAGGAAGAGACGGAAACCACCUUUCCAACUUUUACGCUAGUUUCCUUCCUAUUUUGCUCCUCUGGCCUCCACCUCUACAAAUAGGGAGGAUUUUUUUUUGUUUGUUUGGCAGUUUUUAUCCUUUUUUUUUUUUUUUUUUCUUUUUGAAGGAGCCUGGCUUUGCAUCGCAUCGCUUCACCAUUAGCGUUCUGCUUUUGGUUCCGUUUACCUGCUCCAGCUAUAACGUGGGCGUGGCUAGCGGCUGAUGAUGCAGAAGACGAGGGAGGCGUGAAAAUGAGGAACAAACUUUUCUUUUUUUUUUUCGACAAAGAAAUGUGUUUACGUCAUGUUCUCUUUGCAUGUGGAGUGCAGCCAUUUUAUCUAUCCUAAGUUGUUAAUGUGUUUUUUAAUUGGUCUGAAUAGCCUUUAGAGUUUUCUCAAGACUGCAUCAGAGUAUUUAUUUCUUGUUGCUACUGCCAUGAGAACUCCGACAGCAACAAAUCAACAUGAACAAACUAAAAACAUCUCAACUUUAUUGUCUAAUGAACUGAAGAUUAUCUUAAAUGUUGCAAAAAAUAUACUGAGGAAUGUACUUGUGGACUUGCAUUAACCUGUGAAUAACGAUAAUGUAUGAUUUUACCAAGGGUUCUACUGUUGUGGUUCUAAAGUGGUUCUUAAUAGGCUGUUGUGUGACUUGUGUGGUCUGAGGCAGCCAGUGCUGAAAAAAAAUACCUUUUUUGAUGAGUCAUUUCAUCUGGAUGCAGCCUGUAAAGCGGUCGAACAGUGAAAAAGUUGAAAAACGGGAAGAAACGGUCGUUCUACUGUAAAUCUUUUCACGUCUUUCAAGAUGCAUUUGUAGAAAAAAACAGAUGAAAUGACUUUUUUUUUGGACAGCGUAAGGUGAAGGUGUUUACAGGAGGAAGCAUCGAGGACACAUUAACGAAACAUUACAACAACUACUCAGUAUAUUACUCCGACUUCGCCAUAGUCCUGAUUGUAUAUGUAACAUAAGAAUAAGUGGAUAUUUGAUUUUUUUGCCUUGUCUGUGGUUAAAAGCUAUUAUGAUUCCAGAUAUAUCUAUAUUUUUUUGGAUAUCUUAUUUUCCCACUGGUACUAUGUGAAGCUGCUUCCCCUUUUCAACCGUCUCCUCGGCCACUGUGCAUAUAAUCGAAGCCAGUUACCGCCGUCCUGUGUGUCCCUGCAUGCGUAAUUAGCCUUUCCUCGCCUCACAGUGUGGGCUGAAGUUUCCUCAGUGGAUUUUAGCCAGUGGUGUCUUCGAGUAAUGAUUUUGUUUUAACCUGCCUGCCGUUACCAGAAGGUUGGGGUUUUCCCAUAAGACGACAUUUCAGAGGUGUAAUUUAGAGGGGGAAGAAAAUAGAAAAUUUAAAAAAAAAAAAAAAAAAAAGUAGUUGUGACGUUUCGGCCAAAUUUCAGAAAAUUUACUCUUUGCCUCGUGAAUACAGCUUUUAUUAUUAGUUUAAGCUUAAGAAAAAAAUCCCAUGAAAAGAUAUUAAAUAUUAUCAUUACCACUGCUGCCCAGAGAGAGAAAAAAACAGUUUUGAUGUGAUGUGGACCUUGACUAUUUCAGAUUAUACAAAAAUGAUGAGUUUUCAAUCGAUUUAGUAAAAAGCAACAGGAAAAAAGGUCUCUCCGUUGAUUUGAAGGUAUUUUCUGCAGGAUAUUCUACGCAUUUAGCUCAAUAAAUCUUUCAUUACGUGCCGAAUGAAGAGAAAAUAUAAAAAUAUUAACUCUUUUGGAACUCGUUUUUGUUCAAUUUCCAACACAGGUUAGAAUUUCUUGUCUUUUUGUGCAACAGAUUUAGAUUACUUUGUUAAUAUGGUGCCAACUCACACAAAAAAAAAAACAUCUUGAGGCGCUUAUUAUAGUAAUUUUGCAACUUUUACAAUAUUAUCCAGGGACAAACCCAUCAAAUCCCCCUAGAGAGAGCACAUGAUGACGGUGAAAAUGAUGCUGCAUGCUGUAUUGGUUAAAAACAGAGCAGUAGUAAAUCGUAUUCAACAACUUUAAAGGCUUAUAGGACAUGAUAAAAGUUGCUUUUUAGCCUGAAUGUUACAUCUAUGACUAACAGAUUAACUCAGAACUUGAAUAACUCAUGUAUUUCCCGCCCCCGUCCUGAUAUUCUCUGCUAAUUUUUUUGUGAUUAUUAACCCCUGAUGUCACUGUGAGGCGUCGUAGUCGUUCAGCUCUGGUAGGAUUGUGCUACUGUAUCCAUAGUGUGCCAGCUAUACGCUUUUUUACACCUUAGAGGCUUUAGUGGUUUCGUGCCAAGUUCGUGGGUUUGUGAGACUUUAAGACGAUGCGUGGACGAGUGCGAGGAACGCGUGAGCUUACAUGCGCUUCGGAUGCGAAAGUUGUUAAAUGUCGUACAUUUCAAAGUUUACUGUGUCACGCCUUGCACUUUACGACAAAGCAAACUUAAUGGGGAAAAAAGACAUUAUGUGCGUAUGUGUGUGUUAAAGAUUAUGAGUGUUUUAUUUUUGAAUUGAUUUGACGGAAAAAAAAAACUUUUAUUUAUAACAUGUAUACGGACAAAAGUGUGUUGAUAAAAUGUAAUAUAUCUAACCGAACUUAAAAGAAUGAUAAAUAUAUAAAUUAUUCUCAAAUGUUGAUGACUUUCUGACAUGGUUGUACGAUCUCGCAGCAGCUUCAGACUCCCGUUUAUUGCAUUUAAAGGUCUUACAUGUGAAUAUGUGUCCACUGCCACGGCCAUUUCAUUGUUGAUCUUUCCCAUGUUAACACCAAUUGGGACCGAAAAUGUUAAAUUUACUCGAUCUAAACCAAAGUUAUUUCAUUUCUAGUGUUAUUAUGGACGAGCAAAGAAUUGUUUACAGGAAAAAAAGGUUGUCAUGUUCAGCCUCUGUUUCGCUAUUUUUUUGUUUUUUGUUUUUUUUUUAGAUUUUUGCUAAUGAUAUCUAAGCCUUGACAUGUCUACCAUGACAGAAACAUAAUUUAUGCUUUUUAAAAUUUGCUUAAAAAUGUGUUAAGUAUGAGAAACAUGUUUAUUAAAACUACAAUAUUUUUGGAAAAAAAAAAA